AUGAUCACCAUGCCUCCACCAACGAUCGAACCAGACGAGAACCUCUUGGUGGUGAGUUUCGACGGGUCCGCGCGGGUGAAGCGCAGCGGCAGUGCGUAUAGUGCGGUCGUGUGGAAACUCCUGGAGUGGACGGUGGUGGAAGCCAUGGGGCGCGUCGUAAUUUGUGGAGACUCGAAUUUAGUUAUUCGUCAGACACAGGGUGAAAUGGACUGCAAAGCACCAGGACUGCAACUGCGCCGACAGAAGGCGUUGAACCAACUACUGUGGUGGCGGAAGCACGAGUUCCUUCACGUGAAGCGUGAAUGCAAUCAGAGUGCGGACAAGUUGGCAAGUGCGGCGCUGCAACGGGAAGAAGGCGAAAUAGUCACCUCAGAGGACGAUCGUCAGGACUUGAUCACCCUCAACCGACUGGGCGAAAUGCGGAAGCCAAAGUUGAUCGAGACAGUUGUCAGCGUAAACGCAAUCACGCGAGCCGCUGAGAGACAACGACGCACACCGAAAGCGAUGGAAGAAUCUAUCAUACAGCGCAUACGGUGGCAGAGGAUUAGGCAAGCUCAGGAGGAAGAGUGGUUGAUUGCGGACCUGAAGAGGUACCUGGACGGGGAAGUGAGUUUCUUGACAGCAGAAGAGGCGAAGGCAUGCUCGAAGAUAGCCGCGAAUUACGAAGUAGACGAGAACAGGCUACUCUUCUUUUGCCCAAGACACUGCAACGAGGCGAAGACCGCGACGGGGUCGUCAGGAUGGUGA